GGAGAGGGGGAGUCGCGAUUGGCUUAGCUCUACAAUCUACAUCGGGGGGACGGGGGCGCUCAGUUGGCCGUCAGGUGGCGGCAGCGUACUCCGAGGCACUGUCUGUAGUGAAAAAUGGCCGGCGUCAGCGAUUACUUCAGCAUUGGCAGUACCGUGGCAUGUAAAACCUGUUAUGACAAGGAAAUCGAGGGCGAAGUACUGGCGUUCGAUCAGCAGACAAAGAUGCUGAUCUUGAAAUGCCCUUCGUCGUGUGGCAGAGCUUCGCUGAACGAUGUCCACAUAGUUAAUCUGUCGCUGGUCUCGGAUGUUCAGGUGAAGAAGGAAGUCAGUCCCACAAUGAGUGAGCCACCACAGAGUCUCAAUCUACAGAGGCUAAACACACGGGUGCGCAACCAGAUCGAGGAAAAGAAGAGGAUGGUUAAGGCUCUGCAGGCCGGAGUGUCACCCCAGGGACAAAAACUCUUCAUUGCCAUCUCGAAGACCAUCAAUGAAAUCACAUGGGAUGGACCUAACAUAGUGGUCUGGGACAAAGUCACCAUUAUACCACCCUAUAAAAUUGAAAAUGUUCAAGGCAAUUCCGAUGACAAGGCAUUCACUCACAUAAAAAAAGUGGUUGAAAAGCAUAUGAGAGAUACAGCAGCUGCAGAAUCACAACAGAAAGACCAACCAUCACAAUCGCAGCAGCAAGCACAGAAAGGCAACAGCACGCAAUAGGAAAUGAAACAUAUGCUGUAGAAAGUAGAGCCGACGUACUUUCUGCAGUGUUUAUUAUAUUUAUGGGAAGUAUGAAAACUGGGGAAAAAUUAUUUACAAGAAUAAAAAAACUGAAGAAGUCUACCAAAAAAAAAUCAAGAAAGGAACAACAAUAUGUAAUAACGAGCCUAUCAAGAAUCGUGAUUUAUUCUUUGUUGCAUUUUGAUCGUACAGUUUAAUUGAGCAUAGAACAUUGUGCGCCACGAUCAACGAUAUCAGAACACAUUAUUAUGCAAUAUAAAAACCGUCAAGAAUUCAACGACGAUUUUUAUUUACUGAAAGCUUGACUUCGACAUAAAAUAGAUCCAUUAGAGGUUCUCGACAAGUCGGUGAUAUACGAUCAUGCGUGUAUGAGUGCUGAAGCAGGCGUGUUUGCUAGUUUUAGUUGUACAUUGUUACGAAAAAAUGCGUAUAGUAGUUGUUUAAAGAUCAUUCAGGUAAAUGGGAAGGGGGGGCUGAAAAUAUGAUCUAAUGUGAGGAAGAGUGAGAGAAGAGAGAUACAGAGCUGUUAUCGAAACAUCGUCGAGCGCCUGAAUGACUUUGGCGAGGCUUCGCGUCGGAGCUCGUCGAAUCGCUUCGUUUACCAAAUUCGAUAGAAAAAAAUAAGAGGAAACAGAAGAAGCUGAUAAAGAAAAAAGAAUUGAAGGAAACAAAAAAAAAUGCCACCAACAAACACACGGGGGAACAUAUAAGGAAGGCAGCAAAGGAUCGAUCCAUUGGACUCCACCACGCCUGUGCUCAGGCACGAGGCGCAUUUUGCGCUUAAAUAUAGUAGAGACGUUUUGCAGAAUUAACUAAUCGUCGAGAAGUUGAAGAUAUUAUUAAGUUGCCCUCGCGCAGGCAGGACCCAACAGUAUCUAGGCAGAGUACAUACCCCCGCGAUUCGGCCUACGCAAGGGCACGACGCAAACAUUCGUCAUUGAAUUAAUUAUAAUUUAAGAGUAAUUACUAACGAAGAAGAUUAAAUCGAAGACCCACAGCGUCGAUUAUCAAUUGAAAGCAAAUGCGCCCCGUGCCUCGUACCACUUCUGAAUGUCUGAGAAAACUGAAAGAAUUAUGCGAAAGAGUGAGGGAGAGAAAGAUGAAAAAAAAGAACAACUACAUCAAAAAAGACAGAAAUAAAUGUAAUAUAAAUUCCAUAAAACUCGAUUAAACCUUUUA